GUUUUACAGCAAGGAAAUACGAUACCUAGCAUGCUCUGUACAUUAUCCACCUAAUCAACAAGUACAUACACACACCGGCACAGCUCCUCCGUGAAAGUGGUGCUUCAGACAGACAAUGCUCUCCUCCCCGGCCAAACGGCGCAAGACGAGCGAGACAACAGCCGCCGCAAUCGACGCGUCGCAGACGAACCAGAAAGCCCACGAAAAUAACAGUCGAGUGCACCAACGUCGCCCGUCGUUUCAGUCUCCCACGCAAGCAAGUCUAGCGAGAUCGCAUCCGGACGUUCUAGCACGUGCGCUUAGUCGCUCACCAACGAGACCCCUGCGUAAUGAUAACGGUAGCGAGAAUGAUCAGCAGAAGGAGCAAGAACUGGUGGAUUCGAGAACGUUCGGUUUGCGCGAUAGGAAGGCUCUUCGGCCAUCGAUAGCUCCUGGUGCGAGUCCAACGGAUGUUUCGACAUUAUCGCCGCGCAGUGCGUUUGCUGCUCCCCCGCGACGGGUAUCAAGGAAAAUCGGGCCGUUAGAUCUAGCAUUCGGGACCCCUGAGGUGAAACCGGAGAACGAGACGGCAGACCCGUCGCCUGACGAUACACCAGGGGAUCAAUUGGAGGAAAUGGGCAACGAUGCGAAUGAAGACAACAUGGAUCAGGGUCCCUCGUUUUUGGACAGACUAGAAGAACCAGAGCUACCCCCGACACCUACUCAGUUAGGGCUGGAGAAGCCACCUGGUCGACCGAAGGGGCUUUUGAGCAGCAGCCCUUCUGCUCGGUAUGAAAAGAGGGCACGGCGACGAAUCGAUGAUACCAAAUCAAGCGCACUGAAGCUGGAAAGUUUCAAUACAACUGGCGAUUCAACGACGAAGGAUUUGAAUACGGACAGAGCGCCAUUGCCAGAGUCUGAGCUGAAAAAGCGACAGAAUAAGAAGGAGCUUUCCGCUGAAUUAAAACGAUUAAAGGACGACGUUGCGGAAUUGGAAGCAUGGACCGAGAAUCUGAACAACCCAGACAUGAAGACGGAGUCGCCCAAGGAUCUUAACAAACUCAUCUCCUUGUUGUCAUCGGAAAAUGCUUCUCAUAAGCAAUCGUCACCUCCAACAAACGCCUCAAUCUCAUCCAUCCUCUCCACCUUACUGCCCUUCUCUUCAAAAGUUUCUUCCAAGCCCGUACACGAACCGCCAUUACCAACCAACCCCUUUACCCUGAAAGAACACGCGCAAGCGAAGCAAUACCUGACAGUCUUCGCGCCAUUGUCCGUAACAACACAUUCCAACAAAGUAUCUGCCUCAAAAUCAGCACCCCUAACUGAAUCGCAUAGCCUGACAUUAUCAGCCGGGCCACCAUUUCCGCCAAAACUCUACAACAUAACCAUUAACUACGAGACAAACCCAGAAACACAAUCCCUAAUAUCCGUAUUUAUACCAGAGAGCGACGGAUCGACAAAUGUGCCAGGCGGACUACUCCGCUGGAUUGACACUAGACUAUCAAACCCACUUCUGAAACUCGACGUCUCUGGUCUAUGCUGGGGCACCAAUCGCUACUGGGAAGCAUCCAUCUCGCGCGCACAAGUAUGGUCGAGGAUCGAAGCUCGACAUUCCAAACUACUUGCACAUCGUAACCACCGGGAGUCAAAACACAAAGAAGACACAACCGACCUCCGCCAUGUACUUCCCCAUCUCGACCGCACGAGCAUGACAUUCUCUCUAAAAGAUACAUCCAAAUCCCUCCGGGUGCUCAUUUCGUGCGCAUUAACCCUCGACGAAUGGACAAGUGAGCCGCGACUACUUCCCGAGAUCAGUAUCUCGUCUCCGGCUGCAUCGAGCAAGAAGAUAGAACAAGAGACUAAGAAGUUGUUUAAUACUCUCUUAAGGGGAGAGCAGGGGACGGAUAGCGACGGCGUUGGAGGCGAUGUUGAGGCAGAUGCUAUUGUGCGAGCUGUUGAUGGUGUUGUGGGAGUGUUGUUUGGUCUUGAUGAUACCCAUGUUCAAGGAUUCAAAGGGAAGUUGCCUGUGAGGUGAUGGAAUUGAGGGUAGAUUGUUAUGAAUAUUUGUAUACAUAUAGGUAUAUAGUAACGGUAAAUAAUAUGGGACGAUUCAAACAAGCAUAUGCAUACACGAUUCUAGGUGGGAGAGAUAGGGCACAUUUUCUUCGAACAAGUAAACCAUUUGUAGAGCCAGUUAUUCCCUUGGGAACAAGUCUCCAACCUAACUCCGGGUACUUUUCACCAGAAAUAAGAUACAACAGGAAAUUGGGGACAUCAUUUAUUUAAAAAAAAUUCGGAGCAUUUUUUUUACCGACAAAGGUUUAAAAGGAAAAAGAGACCACGCCAUGCCACAGUACACUAGUAAUCCCCGACUUGAAAAACGACCCGAUCAUCAUUAACAGAGAGUCAAAUUGUCUAUUUCUUGGCAGCAGCAGCCUCAUCAGCCUUAGCCUUGGCGCGCUUCUCCCGAGUACCCCGGAGACGGGCCUCACUGCGGGCAUCCCGCAAGCGUCUG